GCUUCUGCUGGUUCUCUGCGUGCUCCUGGAAGUCGUGAAGAAGAGCCAGGGUGUUUCCAUGGCGCUGAAGGUCUUGUCCUUCUUGUUUGUUGGUGGUGCCGCCAGCUGUUCAAAGCUUCUUCGGUGCCAACAUGUCGAUGGAGUUGGCGAGCCACUGGGGGACUUCGCAUUUCGCAUCGGGAUGACGGAUCUGCGGUGCUCCGACACGACAGAGGAAGCACUAAGAGCAGACUACCUGGGAUAUGGCUGCGCUGUCGCGUAUGGCAUUCUCAUCCCAAGCUUUCUGCUCUACCUCAUUCUGAAGCAGCACGUGGCAUUGGCCUUCCACCACCGCUUCACUUUCUGGGCUGAAGCAGCAGAAAACCGAGCAGUUGUGCGAGUAAACCACACGCAACCCUUGGUGAAGGAUGCGGAGAAAGAGAAGGACCAGAUGAAUCAGAUGGCAUCUGACUACCUCCUGGCGGCAGCUAUCGCCUAUGCUGCGGUGCUUUUCCGUAGCCCUGUGCCUGUGCGCAUGACGCGGCAUGUCGAAUCUGUGACCCUGGAGCGAGUGCAUGGUCGGGGCGAGCAUGAGGAUCUGCUGGAGCUUGAAGCGACUAGCAUUCUCCUACGGGCCGCGGCUACGUUGCAGCACAAGACCAAUAUGACCCUGAAGCGCUGCCAGACCAUCACAACGAUGCUGUCAGAGAGGGAGAUGCUCGAACGAGAGGCAACAUCUGACAGGAUUGUGGCUGGCGCCAAAACGAUCUUCUUCAAGUAUGCUGCCGGCGAGAACGUGUGGGUAGAAGCAGCGCAGAAGGGCAUUGCAGUCGCGCUGGUCAUCACGGUCUCCCUGAAUUCGCUGUUGGUGACGCUCUUCGUGACCGUCGGCUAUGCCAUCCUUCUAGGUGCCCAGAAGCCAUAUCGUCAGCGACAG